UUUUCAGCAAAAAUGCUCAAAUCAAAUGUUAUUCAAGGUUCAAUCGAGUCAAUGAGUGUAGUGGAUUCAACUUCUGAUAUUGAUAAAGCUGAUAAAUCCUUUAUGGAAGAGCUUCGACCAAAAAUGCUGCUGACAUGGCACGAUAUUUCAGUUUCGGACUCUUCAGAAGACUACUCUUCAAAUAGUGGACUUUUUGGAAAAUGUUGCCCGAUCAAAGUCGGUGAUGUAGAGAAGAUGUCAGUGGAAAAACGGAUUUUAGAUAGUGUGUUCGGAGUGGCUCGACCCGGAGAGGUUACCGCGAUCAUUGGACCCAGUGGAGCUGGAAAAACUACGCUGCUCAAUGUGCUUACAAAGCGAAACCUUUCAAAUUUGAAAGCUACCGGAAGUGUCAAGGUCAAUGGAAUCCGUGCCGAGAGAAGUUACAUGCGUCAAGUGUGCGCUUACGUUCAACAAGACGACUGUUUCAUUGGAAGUCUUACUGUAGAAGAGCAUCUAAAAUUCAUGGCAAAACUGAAAAUGGGAAGCGAAUAUGAUUUGAAUGAGCAGGAGCGUAGAGUCAAGAGUGUUAUGCGAAGUCUUGGACUCGAAAAAAUUGCUGACUCGAUUAUCGGAACUCGCACACGAAAGGGAAUUUCUGGAGGAGAAAAGAAGCGGCUAGCAUUUGCCAGCGAGAUUCUCACAUCUCCACCGAUCUUGAUCUGCGAUGAGCCAACAUCUGGUCUCGACUCAUUUCUAGCAUAUCAAGUAGUUUGUGUGCUGAAAAAGCUUGCUGAGACAAGGAAUAUGACAAUUCUACUGACAAUUCAUCAGCCAUCAUCUCAAGUUUUUCAGCUUUUUGAUAGUAUCUACAUGAUGGUAAAUGGCGACGUUGCUUUUUGCGGAAGCCAAUCAGGCGCUGAAAAAAUGUGGUCUGAAAUGAAACUUCCGAUUCCAAUGAACUUCAAUCCAUCGGAUCAUUAUCUUGCGACAAUGUCAAUUCGUGAUCAAGCAGAAGAGACUUUGAAGAAAAAUCAAAUCGGAAAAAUUUGCACUACUUUCAAAUAUUCAGAGCUCGGAAAGUCUGUGUUCAAAGAGUCUAGUGGUCGAGAAGUUGAUGAGAGAGAUCGAGCAUUCAGUGAGGAUUGGCGUCGAAGAUAUGCAACAACGUUCGGACGUCCCAGAUUCGGAGCAUCAUUUUUUCAACAAAUUCGUGCACUCACUUGGAGAGCAUCGAAAACAGUGCUCCGUGAGCCAACUCUUCUCAAGGUUCAGACCUUUCAAAGCAUUAUUAUUGCGAUUUUAACGGGUCUCGUUUACACAAAUAAUAGUCCCGUUGAUCAACAGAAAAUUAUGAAUAUUAAUGGAUCGCUGUACCAAAUGAUUUCAAAUAUGGCAUUUAUGUUUCAGUUCAGUGUGGUUCAUCACUUCUGCCUCGAAAUGAAUACGUUCUACCGGGAAACCAGCUCACGUCUCUAUCGUGUCAGUGCAUAUUUCAUCUCAAAAAAUCUUGCCGAGCUUCCCUCCUACAUUGUCUCCGCUGUGAUCUUCACCUCGAUCCUUUACUGGAUGUCGGGUCUCGUGCCGAUCAUUGACUCAUUUUUAAUCUACAUGCUUGUUGGAAUCCUUGUUCAAAAUAUUGCAAUUUCUAUUGGUUACAUGUUCAGUUGCAUCUUCGGAACUGUCAACUUGGCGGUGGCUGUUAUGCCGAUCUUCGUCGUACCGAUGAUGGCUUUUGGAGGAUUCUUCAUCAAUCAAGACACACUUCAGUGGUAUUUUGUUCCAAUGAAGUAUUUGUCAUAUUUUGGAUAUGGAUACGAAGCAGUAGCAAUCGCACAGUGGACUCAUGUUGAGGAGAUUCCAGGCUGUUCAUCUUCCCUCGCCCAUUGCUCUCGGAAUGGAACGGAUGUUCUAAAUUCGAUGAGCUUCAAACCAUCAAACUUCUGGGUUGAUAUUUCGGUUAUGGCGUUUAUGAUCUUCGUCUUUCGAUUCCUCGCAUUCAUGGCACUCUACGUUCGCGUCAAGCGCAGAUCAUAACUUUUUAAAAAACAUUUUUAAUUUGUAAAUAAUCUUAACAGAAUAUUUUAGAAUUCACCUUUUUUGUUGUCUGUUAUAUAAAUGUUAUCUACGCUGAUGUAGAAGAAUAAAAAAGUCCCUCUUGUUCACGAAUAAGUUGCCUUCCGAGUGACCGGGCACACCAU